ACAGGAAUUAUGAGGCUUUACUUCAAUGACGUAUAAAAAGAACACAUAUGCGUUCAGCGAAGAUAAUCAGUCAGGAAUGCAAAAAAUCGAAGAAAUGACCAGCAUCAUAGCAAAAUGGCUCACAAAUGUUGGCAGGCAUGGCUGACAAUCGCAACAAUAUCUCUAGUAACGACUAUCACCAAAGCCGACUUUACAACGGAAUGCCAAAGACCUUGUGACUGCAGGUGGCAAUCCGGUAAUAAGGCUGCAAUUUGCUCCAACUCGAGCUUACGAGUCGUGCCAGCCAAUCUCAGUAGUGAUAUACAAAUACUCGAUCUCUCCAACAACAAUUUACUCCAGUUACACCAAGAAGCCUUUAAAAGGGUAGGCCUAAGUAAUCUAAAAAAACUAUUCCUAAGGGAGUGCAAUAUAGAAGUCGUACACAAAGCGGCAUUUAUGACAUUAGCUAUCAUGAUAGAAUUAGAUUUAUCUAAAAAUAGAAUAAGACAUUUGCAUCCAGACACUUUCAAAGGCACUGAGAAACUUAGGUUAAUAAACUUGAAUAACAACUUUAUCGAUAAGUUGGAGGACGGACUAUUUCGCAAUUUGAAGUUCCUUCAAAAAGUUGAGGUAAGCAAUAACAGAAUAGUCAGGAUCGGAACGAAGGCAUUCGUAAACUUACCGCAGUUAAAGAUAUUGAGAAUAGAUGGAAACAGUUUGAGCCACAUGAAACCGGAAACUUUGAUGGCGUUAAGAAACUUAUCCGGAUUGGAUCUACACAACAAUCCAUGGAGAUGCGAUUGCAACUUACAAACAUUCAGAGAUUGGGUGAUCAGCCACAACUUAUACACGCCGCCGACGUCGUGUGCGGAGCCCGCCUCGAUUCGAUCGAAACUUUGGAACGAAUUAGACUCUUCGAACUUCGCCUGCCGGCCUACUAUAUUGGAACCGCUGCCGGACGCUACUAUUAAAAGUUAUGAGGAGAACGUGACUCUAAUUUGCAAAGUCGUCGGCAAUCCCACGCCAGAAGUUGUAUGGCGGUACAACGGCAAGACAAUUGAGUUGCGAUCGUUUGGAGAAAUACGGUACACUGUUACGGAGAACACAAUGGAUUUGAUCAGAUGGGUAAAUUUAACUAUACUUCACUCACGUUAUAGUGAUAGAGGAAAUUACACGUGCGUUGCCGAGAAUCCUGGUGGAAAAGACGAGAAAACGUUGACACUUGUUUUAUCGAAAUAUGGCGGAGCGGGCACUAUAGCCGGCAUGGACGCGGACACCUUCGCAAUUUUAGUGGGUUGCUUAACGUCUAUCGUAAUUAUAUUCGGGGCAAUAUUGGCUGUUUGCUAUUUUACGACACAGAACAGUGAAUUGAAAAGACUGAUUAAAACCGAUACUCGAUCCUCGAAUGGAGAAGCUUUAAUAGAGGGUUCUGUUAAUUCUGAAGUCGAAAAAAGUUGUAAGACAGAUGUUAAUCCCGUUACAAAGCCGCCCAGAAAGUAUGAACCCCCGUCCCUUGCCAACGCCGCAACAGAAAUGUUGGAGCUUAACAAGACUUUGCUGGAUAACGACUCUGUCUUGGUAUCAAAUGAAGAACGCAGUCGACUGGAGAUCGAACUGCCUAAGAUCUCCAAUGAAAUCAUUCUGGAUCGAUUAUCUCAAGAACCUCAAGCGUAUCCACCUGAUCUUCUCUCCUUCCCACUGCGUGCACCUAAUCAGGUAUCACCUGCCAGCGGUGUUUCAUCAGGUCAAGAAAGACCUUCAAUAUCACAAGAGAGUCCAAAAUCUCCAAAUUACGGAGUUUCGUCCAUAAACUCAGCACUAUAUAGCAGACUCCAGAACACAAGUUACCAAGAAAUACCUCUCGUUAGCACCAAAGGCUACGUGACAUUACCCAGAAGACCACGAUUAAGCUAUCCAGAUAACACAUUACGCCCGCAAGUAUUUUCAACGUUGAAUGGAGUCAUACCUUACUAUGACAAUUUUAACAUGAAACUCUUUGGGAACGGUGGAAACUAUUACAGCCUUAAUAAAAGCGAAAUAGAUUUGGGUCCAGUUAGUAAGACUGGAUUUCUAGAUGUUUCGGAUGAUAUCGAACCAGCUCCAUCACCUGCACCUGGUACUCCUCAUGCUACUAUACCACGGAACAGUUUAAGUUCUCCAAACAUUCACAACCAACUGCUAAUGCUGCAGGCUAUGGCAAAUGGCCACACAAAGAGAUCCUCAGAGCAUAGACCCCUGAAAGUGACAUUGACGGAGAGUGAAGGCCUAUUAAGAAGUUCGAAUCGAGAUUUAAAAGUAGGUUAUAGUGUCAACGUCGCCAGUACAUUAGGUAAGCCUCGAACAAUUACAAACCCACCUCCAAAACCGAGGAAACGUAACUCUGCGGACGUUAAAGAGACAUUUUUGAACGCCAUCGAGAAUGCCACUCAAGUGUAACUUCAAGUGUUAAAGUUAUGAAGUAGGUAUUAAAUGACGAUGGAAUUUGGAACUUGAGUGUGAGUGAAAUUUUUUACUCAGUGUUCUGAGUGCUGAAUUUGUUGCCAUUCGU